AUGCAUAUUAUUCUGGCCGUCACGGCGACUCAUGACCGCUUCUUGCUACCAGCACCAGAAAAUGGCCGACGAUCACUCGCUGAAGCCUAUCACGGCGCACAGGGUGCUGGACUUUUGAGUGAAAAGCUCUCAAGCCCAAUUCUAUAUGAAGAUCGCGAUGCUCUCUGGUCCUCCGCAGCAAUGUUAGGUAUUGCCUGUAUGACUUCCAUCGAAGCAUCAACGCCAGCAGAAGCAUGGCCCCUCAAACCAGAUGAUCCAUCGGACCUGGAUUGGCUAAAUAUGUCAGUGGGCAAAAAAGCGAUCUGGCGAGCCACUGAUCCCCUUCGACCGGACAGCAUCUUUCAUUGCAUGGCAGAUGAAUACGGGGAGCUCAUGAAACGGCCAUAUCUGCGUGAGGUAGAAGAUAUUCUGCCGGGGUUGGCCCAAUUAUGUUCCUUGGAUGGUCCACUUACUCCAAAUGAAAAUCCUUACUAUACCGCAGCUUCUACGAUAUCUGACCUGUGGCCUAUCAGCUGCACCCAAGAAUCGGCCAUGAGACAUCUCGGAUUUUUGGGCUUCAUGAAACCGGAAUUCCGCGACUUGCUACGCGGUAAGGACCCGCGAGCCCUACUCAUAUUUGCGUAUUGGUAUGCGCUUUUCUCGGACUCCAUGUGGUUUAUGGCCAGGCGAGCGCGGUUGGAAUGCCAAGCCAUCUGCAUAUAUCUGGAAAAAUAUCAUGCGGAUGAUAUCGAGAUUCAAUGGAUGCUGGAAAUGCCUAAGGCAAAGUGCGGAUUGGAUGCCCAGGUGCCAUCUUUGCUUUUGGAACAUUAG